UGACACGCGUGAAUACCUGUCUCUGUGCUGCAGGAGCUGAUGUGGAGAAGAGUGGGGCUGGAAAGACUGAGUUUAAAUACCCCUCCUACGUCCAGCAUAUAAUGGGAGAGAUCUUCUCCCUGGGGUUCGGGCCGUUCCGCUGGGUGUGCACCUCGGGGGACCCCAGUGACCUGGCGCAGACGGACGACAUCGCCGCGGGCGUGCUGGAUGACAUCAGCAGGACAGCGCCGGAGCGCGUCAGGCAGCAGUACAGCGACAACAGCCGCUGGAUCCGCCAGGCCGGCCGACACAACAUGGUGCGUCCAGGGGCUGGGGCCACGCUCCUCACACGGGGCUGUAUUGAUGAUGAAAGGGGUUUGUCUCUGUCGCUGUUGACGGUGUU